AGCAGCACUAUUGGUAUGAUGGUGGGUCUACCUGACUGCCUGUCCUAGUAUAUCGGCGAAGCGAAUCCGUCGCAAAACGCGCUUGGAUAUUGACUGCCCCGGGCUCCCCCCGGUUGCUCCUUUUCUCCCUCCCUCCUGCCGGGAGUAAUCCUCUUUUUUUUUUCAACAAAGAAACGGCCUGCAAACCCCUCCCGCAAUUAUAUUCUGAUAAUAAUUCGAUCCCGUCUUUGCCCGAUACCCCAGUCAACAAGCGUACACCCCUAUCGUGCAUUGUCACAUCCAUCAUGAGUGGUAGAAUACACCUUUACCUCAUUACCUUCAACUGUGCCCUGCUUCAUCACGACGUCGCAACUCUUUCUUCGCAUCUCCUCUCCGGGCUUGAAUCCCCGUCCUUCAAACCGGACUUGAUAGUUCUCUCACUACAAGAGAUAGCUCCGCUUCCUACUUCCUUCCUAGGUGGGCCAACUCUGACAGGAUAUUUCGAAACAUUCUCGACGGCAGUGAAAGCCGCUACAAGGAAGCAGUUGGGUGAAGACUAUGCUCUAGUGGCGAGGAGUAAUGUUGGGUUGACAGGAAUUAUGGUGUUCGCGAGGAGCCCGGCGAGGGUUGGGGAGAUACGGUACGCUGGCGUUGGAGUGGGAUUAUGGGAGAUGGGGAAUAAAGGAGGUGUUGGAGUCAAGGUUUAUUACAAUGCCAUGGAUGGGGGCACCGAUGGGGGUAGUGGUAAUAAGACGGUGGAAAUAAACUUCUUAGCUGUGCAUCUUGCUCAGGGUGAAGAGAACGUCCAUCUGCGAAACGAAAACUGGGGCUCGAUUGUGCGGGGGCUUGUUUUCGAUAUUGUGGGAAGGGGAAGGGGGAAUUCCGUACCAGAGAUCGGAUCGGUCUCUACCCGGAGUUUAUCAUCUUCUCAACCAGAUCCAGCACCUUGUUCAGGAUUAUAUUCACCCACGGCUCAUCUUUUCGUCCUUGGAGAUCUCAACUACCGUACAGCGGACUCCAAACCUGUCGGGCCGGAAUUUAUUGUGUUUCCACAACCGGAUGAUCCUCCCUCGUCGAACAAACACUACUCAAACCUCCUCGGACAUGAUCAGCUCACUCCACAAAGAAAGGCAAAUAAAACACUGCACGGCUUAGAAGAAGCUUCGAUUACCUUCCCGCCUACGUAUAAAUACCACAUCUCAAAAACCUCACCAGACGAUCACAGCUGGAAUUGGGCACCACUUCGAUGGCCGAGCUGGACGGAUAGGAUACUUUAUCUUCCAUCAGAGAACCUUCGGGUUCACAAAUACACCUCUAUCCAGGAAAUCAAAUCCUCAGAUCAUCGGCCUGUCGUUGCACACAUAUCUAUUCCUGCCGAGCCCCUGAGUGCUAGUGACGGAUGGAGGGUUCGUCCACCAUACCAACCUGAUGUCGAGGGAUGGAGACCUGCUCGAGAUGCAGCUAGGAGGAGAGAAGUCAUUAUGGGGUAUCUAGUCUAUUUGUUUGGAACUCGGGCAGGCUGGGGCGUUCUUGCCGCGAUUAUUGCCGGAGGAUUGGGCAGUUGGUGGGUGCUCAGAGAGCUGAUUGUUCGUCGAGCCUAGGGAAUGCCAUAUUAGUGAGUUGGGUGGUGCUUGUCGUUCGCUUGCAUUGGAGGGAUUUUACUAGUGAUUCGUGAGAGUUGUGGAGAACUUAAUAUUUCUGUUGAGGCCAACAGCGAUUGAUGCAGCGUGAAUAGUGUACUUAGAUGAAAAAUGCAUUGCCCCAUCAACCAUGAUGACUACCUGUAAUGAGUUGGAACGUGGUACAAUAUA